AUGGCAUCUGGUGGAAAGCUUCCCUUCCCGCCAACUACAAGACAUAAUAGUAAUGGACAUCAAGUAUCGGCAGCUACUCCAUCGAUGGAUAACAGUACACUUUUUCUUAUGAUUUUAGCCAUUCUUGUUCCAAUUUUUUUCAUUCUUCUUCUUUGCAUCAUCACGUAUUGCGUGUACCGAUAUAAUAGGAAAAUAUCGAGACGAGCACCAACAAAUGCUCCUAUUUUAAAUCGCAAUCAAAACGAUCCUCAUAUUUCUACAAUUAUUUUUAAUACUCGGCACAGUCCAUAUAUUGUUGAAGAAUUACCACCUCCCUAUGAUGCGUUAGGAGAUAUUAAGAAAAAUCCAACUAACACAUCCGUCAACAUGAAUGAACAAUUUCCAUUAACAAUAUUACCUGAUACAACAUUGACAAAUACGAAUGAAAGAACGACAACGGCAGCAGCAUUGAUACUUCCGACAGCUCCUAGUCCACCACCGCCAUCUUAUAGUAAUUUUGAUGAAUCAAAUAAAUAA